ACUCACCACCAUGUUCAAGCUACGACCAAGUGCUAUCAUCUCUGCGUUGCUCGUUUCCCGUUGUCGGAGUUUUGUGUCUAUGAUCAAUGUCUCCAGCCCGGAAGGAGUCGAGUUGUAUCGUGGAACUUAUUCGAUAUGUGAUUACUUCGCAUAUCGCUAACAUUCGGUUUGAUACUACACGUAGUGUGUUGGGGUGGUCUAGUGAAGGCUGCAAAUUCAGUCGACGCAUCGAUCGAAGUGCCCUCAACUGAAUCGGAUCAGUGAUGAUGAUGUUGCGUUUGCAGUGCUCCUGCCAAUCGUUGCUAUAAAUAUUCUGAUUUCUUCUGAGUUUUUAAUUUUUUUUCUCGUGCUGAAUCAGUGUUCCUUCGAGUUUAUCAGAAGUGGGGGUGCAACACCAGUAAAACUCUAAUUGUGUGAUCAUGAUCAAGCCGCGACCGCUGCACUGCUUGAGAUUCUUGGAGUUCAGUGGUAAUCACUCGUAUGCAGGUCUCGAUACCAGAGUCCGAUCUCUCAGUCGCGUGUUAGACCCUCUUUCAAUGUGACGAGUAAUUCUCCUUAGCAAACUGGGUUGUUAAGCAGGAUAUAUUAGAAUCGAGCACGUAGAUACUUCGGGAAAGGUUAAAGGAAUGAUUUGGAAGAUUGGUUCCGUAGAAGCAGAACAUGAAACACCAGGGGUCUUCUGAAUAUGGUGUCGACAAUCCGCUGCCGGAGGGUGCUUCAGCGGAUAUCUGCCUAGUGCGGAGAGUCUUGUAAAGUCUGAUGUAUGAACUGAAGAGAGGAUCAUCUCUAAUUCCAAGAGGGAGUCCUCUGUUUUUUUCUGACAUUUUUGAUGGGAAGAGAAACAGGAAAGAGAAAAAUCGGCGAAGCUGAACCGCUGAAGCUGCCGGUAGCAAGUUCUAUGCUGCCUCCUGUAGCAGUCGACAGGUUCGGCGUCAUAAAUGUUCUCAACACUGACAAGUUUGGUGCUCUUCGAGUCCUGGGAGAAAGUAGACCUAACGUCUGCCGCCGCAUUAAUAACACGGAAGAGUCCAGUACAGGAUCCUUGACCUCAUUCUUGCAGAAUAUGCAGGGUGGAAAGGAUUGGCAACGCGUAGAUGCGAUCCUUUCUACAGAUGGUGAAUCUACUAUGAGCAACAACGCAUCUGAAGGUGUAGAAAACGAAGGAACCAGCUCACAUCUAUACGAUCCAUCAUCUCAAUUUUCUGCACCUCUCUGUAGCACUAUUCAAGAGAGAACGUCUAAUAGCAGUGGAGCUGGUCGACUACCCACAAUGCGUUUCUGUCCACCUCCAAAUCAUAAUGCUGAAGGCAUGCAAAGGGAAUCUGGACUCUCUCCAAAUGGACUUACAAAUCUCAGUGCGGCAGGGCAUAGCUCUGACCGCAGAACCAACUCUGGAUCUUUUCACCCAAGUCACGAAUCUAGGUACUCAGAAUCUGAUCCCCCCAGGGCAGCUGCGUCCCUGCCUCCACCCACUGUGCGUUCAAACGUCGGCAGUACUGCACUGACAUCUGCAGAUUCAGUGGACGAUCAGAAAGUCCCCACCUCUCCAUUCAUUGUGGCAGAAACCCUCACCAGGCAAUCCCAAGAUUCUACCAAUUCAAAUCCUGCCUCCGCGAGGUUUAGUUACAGAUUUGCCUCUUCGGGUCUACAAGCUUCCUUACUUGAGCGUAUGGAACAGCGGCAGAGAGAGCAGGAUGAUCAAUCACACCGAGCAGAUCCUCGAUGUGGUCAUGUCAUAUCACCAGAGGACUUAAUAUGGGGGAGUGUGAAGCAGUACUGUGGCAUGGUGUUAGAUAAAGAAACCAAGACUCUUCUUGGAACUGCUAUUCUUGUCAUACCUCAAGACCAGCAGCUGGCGCAGCAAGGAUCCCCUUUUCCCAAAUCAGCCUGGGUGACAUGUGUGAAAGUAGUGGAAGGCCGCGCAGAGGUCCUCAUUAAGAACAGCAAAGGUGCCAUCCAUGUGGCGCAGCUCCUGCUUACCAGCACUGCUCUGGGUUUAGCACUUUUCAGCGUGCAUGUUUGGCCAGGAACUUUCGCGUUGGCCUUCUUGAGAAGAGUCUCUGGACCCAGUCGUCUCCCCCACCGACUCUUUGUGGACGUCGACAGAAGCGACCGAGUCUACGUUUUAGGAUACGAGGAACCUUGGGAGUCUGAAUCCGGAGCCGUUGCUGAUGUGAGGGUGCGACCAGGAAGGAUUGUUGAUGCUGGGAGGAAUACAAUUGUUGAGAUCGACUUCACCACAGGGCAGUUGGGUGGUUCCAUAGAUUUUCCAGUGGGCUUCAGAGGCGGCUUAGUUGUGCGAGCGGAUGGACUUCUAGCAGGGGUAGUAACUGGUGAUCUCCUAGCUAAUCACAGAACCAAAAUCGAUUUUUGCACCGCUUUUAAUGUCUACUCUCUCCUUGCGGAGCUAUAAGAAUCUCUUGCAGAAAAUGUUGUAUGUAGAGAGGAUUGUUACACGACGUAAUGCAACAAAUGGAGCAUCAGGGGAUUUUUUAUUUUUUUAAUGGCAUUUGUCCAUGACUACUUUCGAGUUUCAAACGCGAGAGAUCGGUGCUAGGUGUACACUUGAGAAGUUACUGUCACAUCCUAAAAUCGUGUAAUUUUUUCAUUUAGAGUGCGAGAGUUGGACCUUUUCCACAAUUUUGAA